AUGACUCCCGUGUUCCGAACCCGAUCAGUUCUCCGAAGCCUCUCCGCCGCGAACCCCGCUACAAAACACACAUUCAAACCAUGGGAGGCGCUUUCCCGGUAUUAUGCAACUCAGAACAGCUUGGGGGGAGCAUCCUCAUCAUCAAAUCCCAAGCAGUCCAGAAAACAAAUAACCGUCACCAGCGACGAUGGCCGAGUACGGUGGGGGGAGCUCUCUAGAAGAGAAAAGGCAGCUCGGGCAACUCAGCAAUCUGCAAAUUUCCUUAUCAUUGUUAUUGGGGCUGCCAUGACUGGUGCUGUUUUUACUCUGCUUUACCAGGAAGUUUUUGCGCCAGACAGCAAAACUCGGAAUUUCAAUCGAGCCGUCGACCGAAUUAAGGAGGACCAGAGAUGUAUCGAGCUACUUGGGGAUAGCAACAAGAUACGGGCCUAUGGCGAGACUACAUGGAAUAAGUGGACGAGAAAUAGGCCCAUCGCAACCACCGUGGAAAAGGACCGAGUUGGUCGGGAGCAUAUGAGAAUGAACUUCAAUGUCAGUGGCCCACGCAACGAUGGAACUGUGAGCGUACAUCUGAUAAAGAACCCGCAAACAAAUGAAUUUGAAUACAAUAUCCUGGCGUUGGACGUUAAAGGUCAUCAACGACUUUAUCUUGAAAACGCAGAGGCAAAUAAAAAUGCAGCGAAGAAAGCUGCAACGAAAAUAUUUGGAAUACAAUGGCGUUAG